AUGUCCAGCUACCUUUCUUACAUAAUCAAGCAAUUCCUGGCCAAGAAACAAAAGCAAAAUCUUCCAAUUCCUCAAUGGACUUGGAUGAAAACUGGUAAUAAAAUCAGGCACAACUCUAAGAGAAGACCCUGGAGGAGAAUGAAGCUGGGCUUGUAA